GUUUUUGUCGCUCAGUUGUUGCUGUGCGCGCUCCCACGUUCGAGGCUAACGCAGCAGGAGCAGCAACAACAACAAACGCAACGCACAAAAGCAUGCUACGCUAAAUUGCAUUUGGCGUCUGUCAAGGACAAAACAAAACGCUGUUUGUGUGAGUGCAACCGCAACAACAAUAACAAUAGCAACAACAGCAUGUGGCACAAAUAACGGAACUGCAAAGUAUCAACAGCAAGGAAAGAAAGCAGAAAAAAAACUAGAUAGGAAAACAAAACAAAGGGAAGGAACAAAUCACACACACGAGGGGUAAAAAACUAAGGAGAAAAAAACAAACGGAGGCUGCAAAAAUAAGAAAAAAGAGGAGAAAAAGGGAGAGGCAACACACACACACACAUACAUACCCCCGCCCCCUUCACAUCCGCCAUCCAGGACAUUUGGCGCCAGCUUGGGCAGCGACUGCGACGUCGACCGAGGCAGCGGCAGAGAACCAUGUGUCUCCAUCCCUCUCACUCUUACACAAUUGCGCUGCAGUGGCUCGUGCUCUCCUUGUCCCUCCUUUUGGCGCUGCUGCCAGCGAACGUGUCGGCUAGAUUUUGCGAGGGCUGCAGUCAGGGAUGUUGCACCCAGGGCUGUUGCCCACCGUACCAGGGCGGGCCACGCCCCCUUCCGCCUUCCUCGGACUCCCACGUGCUCAAUCUGUUCUUCGCCACCCACUGGUUCUUCUGGUGCGUGGUAGUAGCCAUUAUCUUGGCCAUCCUGUGUGCCUACUCCUUGUGGAAGAAGCGAAGGACCCUGUGUGGCUGGGGAUUCAAUGAGCACCACACCCAAUCCGAGGGAGAUUCAGCCGGUUCCUGCUAUGCUCCUCCGCAAUACAGUCGCUGCAACUCAUUUCACCAUCCGCCGCCGCCCUACACGGAGGUCACCUCCAAACCGGACCUGUAUCCGCUCGUCUUCACUUGCAACAGUGAUUCGGGCAAUGGCAAGGGCAACGGCAGCUCCAGCUACCUGAUGGUCCAGUACUUCCGGAACUACAUUGUCCGGCCGGCGGCGGGCGGAUCCCUGAGUGCGGCCAGCACCGUUGACUCCCUGAGCUCCAGCUUCAUCUGCAAUGCGAACGAGGCCAACACUUUGGUGCCGCCGCCAUAUUCCCGGGCAGCCAGUCCGGAGCUGGGGCUGCAUCACUAUGUGGCCCAUGCCCAUGCACAUGGUCAUGGCCAUGGACAUGGCAAUAGCCACCUGAGAUCCAUGGAGCAGGCGGCGCCGCACCAGGUGCCCAGUGCUCCGCUGGCCUCUGUGCACUAUGCCAUGCCGAGAUCGGCAUCCCAGCUGGUGGAGCCGGACGCCUAUCAGCCCAGACUGAUGCCCGCCCAGGCGCAGCACUAUGCCACCGUGGCGCUGGGCAGUGCUCCGGGCGGAGGAGCCCUUUACAGCACCCGGCUGCACGCCUCCCACGAGGAGGGAGUGGGCGUGGGCUACCUGCAGUCCCAGAGUGACCAGCACUUCCGGUACUUGGCGAACAGCAGCAGCAGCCUAAGCGACAUCUUUGUGAACAACAGCUGUGUGGCAGGAAUGUUGCCAGAGAGUGGAGGAGCAGGCGGUGCCUCCCAGGGCGCGGAGAGUGGAGCGGCCACGCAGGCGGCCUCCCUGAACAGCCUGGCCAUGGGUGGCUUGGGUGGAUCGGUCACUGGCGGCACAGGGGCUUCGGGAGGAACUGGCACACCGGUGAUAUACAGCAAUGGUUGCAUCCAGCCCAAUCCGCUGCACAGCCUGGAGAACUGUUGCCAGCCAUCGGCCCAGGUGUCCGGAGUGAGUAGUCUGGCCAACAUUGGGACACCGGGAUCGCCGCCCCAGGCCACCAGUCCGACGGGCGAGGUGCGUGAAAUUCUCGACCAGAUCCGGCAGCUCCAGGCGGGCGUUAGCUACGAGCAGCUCCUGCUCAGCGGAACGGGGGCCAAGCCCCGGCUGCAGCACACGCUAUCGACGCCCUCGAACACCCAGCAGGUGCUGCAGCCCAUCCUGACCACAUCCGCAUCCAUUUCCGGCGGCAGCAGUGGGCGGAGUAAAAAGUUCUUCACCUCUGGCAGUAAAACGCAGCCGAACAAGGCUUUGUACAUACCAAUGGCGGCCAUCGGGGGAUCCGGUUCGGGAUCGGGAGCCCAGCGUUGUGUGCUCAAGAGUCCGGUGAGCAGUGUGGUCAGUGGAGCCAGCUUCUUUGUGAACCGGGGACGAACGGCGCGCAAGGGAUGGAUCACCCGAUCGGCGCCCACGACUCCGGGCAGUGCCCUGCCCCCCAAUCGACUGGGUGACGACAGUCCGCUGCUGCUCAACGAGCACGAUGAGGAUGCCAUCGACGAUGAUGAUGAGGAGGAGGAGGAGGAGCGUGAUCAGCUGGAUACCGACAACGAAACGGAGGCGGAGGCCAGGAGCCAUCAUCGCCAGCAUCGCCAUCAUCGCGGCCAUCGCAGCCAUCGCCAUGGACAGCUUGAAUAAUAGUGGGCGUGGCCGUUGGAGUCGCCAGUGUCAUUUAGUAGUUGUUGUUGUAGCUCAAGGUUCUCCUUUAGAAAUAAGCUUUUAAACGAAAGUGGAGAAAUGUUUGGGAGCCGGCGGCACGCUUCUUAGUCUGAAGAGUCUUGAAAAGCUAGGUCGUUUGAAUCUUAGUUCCGUUUGUAGCAUUAAAAAGUUCUCAUUUUCUAGAAUUCGAUAUAUUAUAGAUCAUUUUAUCGAGUGGUUUAAAUUCUCCAAGUUAUUUAUUUUUUAUUUAAUGAAAUUCCUAAAGAUCUUUAAAUCUUUUAUUUUAAUAUUCAUAUAAAAACUAUAAUUUCCGAAUACUUUUAUUAAGGAGCAGAAUUGAAUUUUAUUUUCCGAAUUUUUCCAACUUUUUUAAGCAGUUUUAAUGGCAGCGUGACAAGUAAGACAGUCAGUUAGUUGUAAGCGUAUUUAGAAUAGGCUAAAAAUGUUUUGUGAAAUUUUAAACUGAAUGAGAGACGUUAACGAAAGAUGUUAAGCUUUGAUUAACAUUCUCCAGGAGUUCUGACAAUAGUUCAAUAAAACUAACCAUUAUUUCAUCAAGCAGUAUUAUCAACAAAAACCUACCAGAAGUAUAUGAUUAUUUAUACCUACAUUGAAAAAUACCUACUAUAAAACUCAUUUCUAUUUAAAAUUUGAAAAUGUCUGUUUGUUGAGCUUCCGUGGAUAGAUAAACAAUUUAGAUAUACCUAAAAAUAGCUGUCGUUAGGUUCAGAUAGUCUAGCAAUUGCGAAUAAUAUUUAAAUUAAACAUUUGAAAUUUGUAAAAGCUGGGAAGGUUUCAGGACAUUUCAAAAUAAUGAUUUCCAACUCUUAGUGAUUAAAACUUCUAUAAUAUAACCUUCAAUUUCCGACUUACCCUAACCGAUUUUAUAUUGCUUUCAUAUAAAGUUUGACAGAGCUUGAAAACUUUUAAAAGAAUAAGAAUUGCACAAAAGAUUUAAAUCGAUUUAGGGUAUGUGGCAUUUGAUUAAAA